ACAUACCCACGCCCGCCCAUCACCGUAGCAGCAUAGACGGCAAACCGCUCACAGACUGGCCAUCCCUGAAGCCUGAAUGCGCUGGAACGGCACUAAAGGAAAAGGACAAGAUAAUCUCGAAGUCCACCACGUCCUCCAGGUCCAGGCAGCCACAUCUUCAACUGACGUUGCGACGACUGCCCCCGACGAAAUACCUUGUCUCGCCGUCGACUUGCCCUCGACGGCAUCCCGUACAGCGCGUCACCAUCGCCAUUGAACCAGCCUCCGUCUCGUGCCAUCGCCAUGGCCACACGCCCUGCGACCCCGGCAUCCCCCAAAAAUGCAAGAGUCAAGUCCCCCUCCGUAGGGACGCCCAUGUUUGGGUGUGAGCAUGUGCAGUUGUUGUUAUCUCAGGGACAAGAAGUCAUGAACAGCUCAAUCGCCCACUACAAGAUGAUUCUGCGAGGCAUCUUCGAUGCGACCCCGAUUGUACCCCAGACCUCCACCAACCACGAGGGCCGCCCGGUCACCUCCCUCACCUCCAACUUCCUCUGCUUGCAAUGCCCCACGACCGUAACUGAGGAGGACCGCUUAAAACAUGGUACCAAAAAACAGCAUCGCUUCUAUGUCGACUCUCGCAGUGGUUCUCUCUAUUGUCAAAUAUGCGAUGACCUAGUGUGGGAUCCGACCCUAGAAGAACUUCGUGUUCGCAAGAUAGGGACUGGCUCGUUUUCAGGCCGGAAGAGGAAACACGACGAGCUUUUCACAGACUCUAUCAAGGACGAUCCUCGAUUGAUCGCGACGAACACAACCACGGCCUCGUGUCGGGCAAACGGACUGCGUGGCAUCUACAACGCCGGGGCGACGUGUUAUCAAAAUGUUGUGCUCCAGAGCUUUCUCCAUAACCCUUUGCUGCGCAACUUCUACCUGAGCGACGGCCACCAGAGCAACGACUGCAAUGUGCCACACUGUCUGAGCUGUGCCAUGGAUGAUAUGUUUCAAGACUUCUACGCGCUGGAGAAUACUAAUGGUUAUACUGCUGCUAACAUCUUGUCCGGGUUUUGGAUUUCGGAGAAGAAGGCCUUCGAGAACCUCGUCACUACGAAGGAGCAGGAUGCGCACGAGUUCUUCCAGUUCUUGGCUGAGGAGUUACACGAACGCAACGGUGACGGAAAACGACCCGAAAUUGGCAGUGAGCAUAGCUGCAAUUGCAUUGUUCACCAGACAUUUUACGGCAAGAUGCAAACAACAACGACAUGCCAGAAUUGCAAGGGCAGUACGAAUGCUGUGCAGUCAUUCUUGGACCUGAGUGUUGGGCUAGACAGCCUGACUCAGAGGCGUAUCAAGAAAACCGGGCAGAAGACGCCAUUCUUGACUCUAACGGAUUGCCUGGACGAAGAGUACGUCAAAUGCGACAAGUGCGAGUAUCGCUGCCACAGCUGCGCCUCUUCGCAGCAAGCUAGGAGGUACACGAGCAUCAAGCGCUUACCGAAUGUCCUGUCGAUACAACUCAAGCGUUUCGAGUACAAGCAAGGCAGACAUGACCGGGCUGCGUCUAAGAUAGACAGUGUUGUUCAAUUCCCUCUACAGCUCAACAUGCUACCGUACACGGCUCGUGUUCGGGGUCGCGACAGCCGCGAAAAUUUGGAGCUGGAGCGCUCCUGCACAUACGAUUUGCUGAGCGUCGUUGUGCACGUUGGCGAGAUCGAAACGGGGCAUUACGUCUCAUAUUGCCGCGUUGGCGACCAGUGGUUCAAGUUCAACGAUCACAAGGUCGAACUCGCCAGCAUAUCCGACGUCCUCGGCGCGCAGGCGUAUCUUCUGUUUUAUAUCAUUCGGUCACUUGCAUGAAUGCCUCACGACGGCAGGACAUGCAAUUCAGGUUUAUCUAACAGACGUAACAGAAUCCGCCUGAUGGGACUCAAGGGAUACGUGUCGGCGAAUCCGGAGAUUCAAAUCCGAAGCGAGGGUGAUGGAUCACUCUACCAUCGUAAUUUAGCAUUGAAUUCCUAAGCUCAAGCUCUC